UUUCUUUCCAAAUCUUCAAAUUAAAUAUAAACUAUUUAUUCUCUAAUUUCACACAGUAACCAACAUUGCCAGUAUAUGAACACACAAAUGUAUCAGAAAGGAUAAGUAAUCAAUGGCUGUGAAUUAAGUAGAAAGAAGAGAGAAGAUGAGCAACACGAAGACCAUGGCAAAAGGAGAAGGCAACGACACAAUACCUCUGCUCACUCCAUACAAGAUGGGAAACUUUAAUCUAUCUCACAGAAUAGUAUUGGCACCGUUAACGCGAUCAAGGUCUUACAACUUUGUGGCUCAGCCACAUGCUGCUCUAUAUUAUUCUCAAAGAACAACUAAGGGUGGCUUCUUAAUCGGGGAAGCUUCUGGUGUGUCCGACACAGCACAAGGGUACCCAAAUACGCCUGGCAUUUGGACAAGGGAACAAGUAGAGGCAUGGAAACCAAUUGUUAGUGCAGUUCAUGAAAAGGGUGGUAUAUUUUUCUGUCAACUUUGGCAUGCAGGAAGAGUAUCCAACAAUUCUUACCAGCCUGAAGGUAGAGCCGCAAUAUCAUCCACAAACAAGCGUCUCCGGAGAGAUGUGUUCAACAAUCUCGUUGCAGUUGAUAAAUACCCACCCCCUCGGCGCCUGGAAACAAAUGAAAUCCCUAAACUCGUCAAUGAGUUUAGAAUUGCAGCAAAAAACGCCAUGGAAGCAGGUUUUGAUGGAGUAGAGAUACAUGGAGCCAAUGGAUAUUUACUAGAUCAAUUUCUAAAAGACAAAGUAAACGAUAGAGAUGAUGAAUAUGGAGGAAACUUACAGAAUCGUUGUCGCUUUCCACUUCAAAUUAUAGAUGCAAUAACUCAUGAAAUCGGAGCCGAUAAAGUUGGUGUGAGAUUAUCCCCUUUCGCUAAUUACAACGAUUCUGAAGAUUCUGAUCCUCAACAAUUGGCUAAUUACAUGGCUAAAUCAUUGAAUGAAUUAGGGAUUUUGUACCUUCAUAUGAUUGAUCCUAAAAUGGUUACGCAAUUUGAAAAGUGUGAUACCGAUUGGUCAUUGGCGCCGGUUAGAAAUGUCUUCAAAGGAACCCUAAUUGUUGCAGGAGGUUACGAUCGGAGUGAAGGAAAUUGCGCUAUAGAAUCUGGUGAUGCAGAUUUGGUGGCUUAUGGAAGAAUGUUUUUGGCAAAUCCAGAUUUACCUAAAAGAUUUGAACUGAAUGUGGAUGAAUUCAACGAUCCUGAUCCAACUACUUAUUAUACGCAUGAUCCUGUGAUUGGAUAUACUGAUUAUCCAUUUCUUCAAAUUUAGAUAAGUUUAAUUGGGAUUAAGUGGAACUGUUCAAUCCAUUUUUCCAAAUUUACUUAUGUUUUAAAGAGGGGAAAUUUCCCAAAAAUAAGUUGAGAAGUUUCAUAUGUAAAGAUAUAUGCAUACAUCUCACAUUACUAUUAAAUAAGGUGUAAAAAUAAUUACUAUGGUUAAUGUACCUUAAAGUGUGUUUCUUCUUUUA